AUGGUUAGGUUUUUGGUUCUUAAGACCUUUGAAUCAUGGUUGUAUGUCUGUGUUUUGGUGCUCAGAGUUUUAAUCGAUGAAGGUUUAAGGGGGAUCUGGAUAUUUGUCUGCUUAAGCCUUGAUUCUAAGGCAAGGCUUUGGUGGAAUCUCUUAACUUUGAUUGUGUUGCAGAAAAAAGCUUUGGUGGAAGCUUGGUUAUUUGAGAGUUGCAGUGGACUUAUUUUUGAUGUUUGGUUCUGUUUAUCUUGCAUGAUUUUCUAUAAAAAGAAAGCCAUUGGUGGAAGCUUUGUCUGGCUUGAUUAUAAGAUGGACCCUGAAAUGAUUGAUGUAGAUGUACCAGCAGUAGAAGUAGCAGUUGAUGGCCAAUUCCCAGUUGGUUCAAAUGCUGCUGCUUCACCUGGAAAUGUGGAAGCAAUUGUUGACCCUAAUACUGAUCCUAUACCUACUGUGGAGGCAAAUCCUAAAAAAAGGAAGGAGAGUCAACAAAGAUCAGUUGUUUGGGAGCACUUUGACACAAUCAAAGAUGGAAAAGGUAUCAUUAUGCAAGCGAAGUGUCGUUAUUGUGCUCGCAUAUACAACUGUCAUGCUAAAAAAAAUGGUACUUCUACUCUGAGAUGUCAUUUAAUUAGAUGCACUAAGCACCCACAUAGUGUAGAAACUAGGCAAGCAUUACUCUCUUUUCAACCUGUUGUUAAUGUGGAAGCUGCACCUGGUGCUAAUCUGUUUUCUGUUGCUAAUUGGAAAUUUGAUCAAGAAGUUGUUAGGCAAGCUGUUGCAUACAUGAUUAUAGUUGAUGAGUUGCCUUUUAAAUUUGUUGAGAAACAAGGGUUUAGAAGAUUGAUGAGUCUUGCUUGUCCUAUGUUUAAAAUUCCUUCUAGGUGGACUGUGAAUAGAGAUUGUUAUGCCAUGUUUGUUGAGGAAAAGUUGAAACUGAAACAAUUUUUUAAAACUCACAGUCAAAGAGUUAGUCUAACAAGUGACUCAUGGACAUCUAAUCAAAGAUUGAACUAUAUGUGCAUUACUGCUCAUUUUAUAGAUAAUGAUUGGAAGUUGCAUAAGAAAAUUAUCUCUUUUGUUACAUGCUCGAGGCAUAAGGGUGAAUAUUUGUCUAAGGCUAUGGAGUCUUGUUUGCUAGAUUGGGGGCUAAAAAAUAUAUUUUCUGUUACCUUAGACAAUGCUGAGAACAAUAGUACUGCCAUGGGGUUUUUUAUGAGAAAAAUGUUGACUUGGGGUAGUACAACUGUUAGGUGUAAGUAUGCUCACAUGAGAUGCAUUGCACACAUUUUGAAUCUUGUUGUGUCUGAUGGUUUGAAAGAGUCUGGUGAAUCUUUUCAGAAGGUAAGGGGAGCUGUUAGAUAUAUAAAAAACUCACCUCUCAGACUUAGCAAAUUUAAUGAAUGCAAAAAAUCACUUGAUUUUCAUUGUAAGCGUUCCUUGUGUCUAGAUGUUCCCACUAGAUGGAAUUCAACAUUUUUGAUGUUAGAGACUGCUUGUAUGUACCAGCAUGUUUUUGAGGAAUAUGAAGAUGUGGAAGCUUCUUUUAAAAUUGAUUUGGGUGAUGAGGUGCCUAGUAAACUUGAUUGGGAUAAAGUUAGGCAAUUAUGUGUGUUGUUGCAAUGUUUUUACAAAAUGACAUUGGCCAUUUCUGGUUCUCUUUAUGUGACCUCUAACAACCACUUGAAUCAAAUUUCUGAUUUGUCAACCAUUUUGCAAGAUUGGAUUAAGUCUGAUGAUUACUGUCUAAGUUCAAUGGCCAUUAAAAUGAAAGCCAAAUUUGAUAAGUACUGGGGUGAUCCUAAUGUUAUGAACAAGUUGAUUUUCUUUGGAAAUAUUUUAGACCCUCGUGAUAGAGUUGUUUUCAUGGAAUAUACUUUGAGUAAUAUGUAUGGUAGUCAUGUGGGCAAGUUUUUGUUUACUUGUGUCAUGGAGGAUCUGGUUGAACUCUUUAAUGACUAUGAAGUCCUCUACAAGAAAGAAUUAGCUAAUACUGGUGGGAAUAGCCCAUCACCAGAACUUGUUGGCCAAUCCUCCCAAGCUAAUUCUGUGUUGAAAGAAAGAUAUCUGCAGCAAAUGUUAGAGACUGGUGGUGUAAGUGGAAGUAAAAAAACUGAAUUGGACAUUUAUCUAAGUGAGGCAGUUGUUGCAAAUGAUCCUCACUUUGAUAUUCUGCGAUGGUGGAAGUUGAAUUCUGAGAGGUUUCCAGUCCUCUCUAGAAUGGCCCGUGAUAUUCUUGCUGUACCAGUCUCUACAGUUGCUUCAGAAUCAGCAUUCAGCACUGGAGGAAGAGUGCUUGAUGACUUCAGGAGUUGCUUGACUCCUAAAAUAGUGGAGGCAUUGGUCUGUACUCAGGACUGGCUUAGAGAUCCAUCAAAGCCAGUCUCUAUUGAGGAGACACUUGAAGAGUUGGAGAAACAUGAAGAAGGUCUUCAGGAUCCAGCUAAUGCUCUUAAUGAACAAUAG